AGUAUUUUGUGGGCGUAGCGCAAGAGCGGAGGCGCUCUGUCGUCGGACACCGCGGUGUGACGAAAUAAAAAUUUGUAUUAUUUCAUCAUGGUCGGGACUCGGACAGUAUAGUAAGCCCAAGUUGCAGCCGAGUAAAACGAGUGGUGAAAACAGAAAACGGCUCUCAGUUGUAGUGGUCACUGCCACUGACGAACUGACCAGUCGGCAGGCGCCAGGCGCUGUGUACCUUGAGGUCGAUUUUUUUCGUCAGUUUGUCGUCGACUGCAUUCCUGCGUCGCGGGCGGUAGCCGGCCGAGGAAUAUUCGCGAAAACACGUAUUAUACAUAUAAUAAUAAUAUGCGUGUACGGGAGAAAACCAUAUUGGUGUUACGUUAGCAAUGACAGCAGCAGCUAUCGUCGUACGUGCGUGAUAACGUGACCCGAACGAAUGAAUAUCAGAAUAUUAUAAUAUUAUGUAGGACUUUAAGUGGGCAAUAACUAUUACAUUUUUUUCUUACUACCAAUUAACUCUGCGGCACGCACACACACGCACACACAUAAUAUAAUAUACUAAACAUCUAUAGUGUUAUGUGCGAAUCGGCAUUUGGCGAGAGGUAAUUAGAGUCGAACCCGCAAAAUACAUACAGUGGUUACUAUAUAAUAUUAUAUUAUUAACAAUUUGUCCAACAUUUUCCGAGGUGGUGCCGUCUAUACACCAUACACUUACAUUACACGGUAUACACUAAUAACAGGCAAACACAAAGUGCUGACUUGUGUUAUGAUCAAUAAUGGAAUACAAUCGUUCAACUUACUAAUGUAUAAUUUAAAACAUAAUAUUAUUAUAAUAAUAUCAUGGCUGAAUUUUUAAAAACAAAAAGGAGAAAAAUGUCUUCUAGCAAAGAUGGUGAUGAAAACGAAGCUGUAACUAAUUUCCGAGAAUAUUUACGUAUUCCCACCGUUCACCCUGAUGUUGAUUAUAGUAAAUGUGUUGAAUUUCUAUUGCGUCAAGCCCAAAGCUUAAAUCUUCCAUCAAAUAUUUAUUAUAUGGCCCCUGGUAAACCAAUAGUAGUUAUAACAUGGCUUGGGCAGAAACCAGAACUUCCUUCUAUACUACUUAACUCUCAUACGGAUGUUGUUCCAGUAUAUUCUGAAUUUUGGACUCACGAUCCAUUUUCUGCACAUAAAGAUAAAAAUGGAAACAUUUACGCUAGAGGAGCACAAGAUAUGAAAUGCGUUGGGAUACAAUACAUAGAAACAAUACGAAAAUAUUUAAAAGAUAAAUUAGUUUUUGAUAGGACUAUACAUAUGUUAUUUGUGCCUGAUGAAGAAACUGGUGGACAUUUGGGAAUGAAAUUGUUUGUUGGGUCCCCUGAAUUUGCAUCAUUAAAUGUAGGUUUUGCGUUAGAUGAAGGAUUGGCUAGUAGCGAUGAUAGUUUCAGUAUAUAUUAUGGAGAACGAACUCUAUGGCAUCUCCAAAUAAAAUGUACUGGUACACCUGGACAUGGGUCCUUAUUACACGAAAAUACAGCUGGAGAAAAGUUGCAAUAUGUCAUUAAUAAGUUUAUGAAUUGGAGGGAACACGAAAAAUUAAGAAUGAAGAAUUGUAAAUUGGAUUCUGGAGAUGUCACAUCAAUAAAUUUAACGAUGGUAAAUGGAGGAUGUCAAAUUAAUGUGGUGCCACCAGAGUUGACAGUUAGUUUUGAUGUACGAUUGAGUAUUGCUGUAGAUGUUACAACAAUAGAAAAAACUGUUGAAAAAUGGUGUGAGGAAGCUGGUGAAGGUGUAACUAUUGAAUUUAAGAGUAAAAGUGCAUUCAUUCAACCUACACUAAUUGCACCAGAAAACCCUUGGUGGGUUACAUUUAAAAAUGAGUGUGAUAAAAUGAAUUUGAAAACAAAAACGUAUAUAUUUCCUGGCGCAACAGAUAGUAGAUAUAUUAGAGAGAUUGGUAUUCCAGCUUUAGGAUUUUCACCAAUAAAUAAUACUCCUAUUCUUUUACAUGAUCAUGAUGAAUUUUUGAAUGAGAAGACAUUCCUGGACGGCAUAGAUAUUUAUUAUAAUAUUAUUAAGAGCCUUGCAUCUGUUUGAGUUACAAUUUUUUUUUUAUUUAUCUUAAUAUAUUAAUUAAUUUUAACGAUGAAAAAUUAUAUUUGUUAUUAAUUAUAAGAAUAUUAUACCUCAGAUUUUACUUUAUAAAAAAAAAAUAACAAUUUGAGUUUAAUCAUUUUAAAUUUAGUUCUAUUUAUUUAAAUUUUUUGUUAAAAAUGUGUUAUAAUUAAAUUAUAUAUAGUAGUCUUGGUAAUCCUGCAAUAAUCUGGUACGUCCAGUAAUCCAGAUAUAUUUUUAAUUUUUUUCGUUACAACUUAUAAUAACCAUAAAACAGAAGAAAACAAAGUAUCUGCAAGUGAUAUUUUGGUGCUUUUAUAACUAAAAGAAACUCUUAAAAGCAUAAAUAAAAAAAAAAUUUUUGUUUUUAUGUGAACCUCCAUCGAUCUGGUGAUUUGUUAAUCCGGGAGUACUCUGGUCUGAUAUCUGCUAGAUUACCGAAAUUCUACUAUAUAAUGAAUAUAUUAUAUAUCAUUAUUAAAAAAUUGAGAUAAAAAAAAGAUUUAUGUGUUAACUAAGUAUUAAAUAGUAAAUAAUAUAUAAAUUAUAAAUGUAAUUAUUUUAUAAAUUGAGUUAUAAACUUUGUUGGUUAUGUUAUGUUUUAAUAAAUUGUUUUAUUGUUUAUUCAAAA